UGUGAUUACAACGUCGUGCAUGCGUAGGUGUGAGCAAUGGCAUAUCGCGUUUCUGCCAUGCUUGCGAGUUUUCUGGGUGUGGCGGCGGGGGCCAAAUGGAACCAAGUCAGCGUCAGCGGUUCCGCGCCGUCUGCGCGGCAUUCCGCUGCAUUCGCGAUGGACUCCAGCGACCGCUUCUGGAUUUAUGGGGGAAAGAGUGGCGGCGUGGAUAACGCCGAGGUGUGGCGUCUGGACACCGUGGCACAAAGCUGGACCCAAAUUUUCGUCACUGGCGGCACUCCCCCUCCCCGGCUGCAGACAGCGAGCGCUAUGGACUCCAACAACGUCAUGUGGAUCUUUGGUGGCGGUUUGUGCUGCGGUGCUCAUUUCUUCUACGACGACUUGUUCAAAUUGAACACGGUUACAGAAGUUUGGACUGAAGUCACCUCUGCCACUGGCUCCAAGCCAUCGGGCAGAAGAAAGCAUAGUGCGGCCAUUGACUCCAGCGACCGCAUGUGGAUUUUUGGCGGCUCGCAAGGAAACGGCGAUUUUGUGAAUGCGUUGCAUUACUUGGACACCGUGGCAGAGAACUGGGUCCAGGUCACUGCAAGUGGCACCCUUCCUAGUGUAAGGGAUAAGCAUGCUGCUGUCAUGGACUCAAGCGACCGCAUGUGGGUCUUUGGGGGCAAUAUGGUAGGCGGGGCCAAGCUGGGUGACUUACAUGUGUUGGACACGGCGACGGAAACGUGGACUCAAGUGGUAGCAGCCAACACUCCUGCAGCCAGGGACUAUUCUGCAGCUGUCCGAGGAUCAACUGAGAGUAUGUGGAUGUGGGCUGGCACGACUUCUUGUUGUCCCGUCAGCUUACUUAGCGACUUGCAUUACCUGGGUCCUGGAGGCGAGGUGUGGACUGAGAUCACAACCGACACCACCCCACCUCUCAGGUGGAAAACUCAUUUUGCACGUGACUCGCAGAAUCGCAUGUGGCUCUUUGGAGGCGAGGACGUGGCUGAAGCAGAAGUUUCAGACUUGUGGUAUUUGGAGCUGCAGGGAACCACCACCACCAGGUCGACUUCCAGCACUACCAAGACAAGCACCAGCACUACCACGUCAAGUUCCAGUACGACCACCUCAAGCACCAACACUGCCACAUCAAGUUCCAGCACAUUCACAUCAAGCACCAGCAUUACAACAUCAAGCUCUAGCGUGACCAGCUCAAGUUCCAGCUCUACCUUGUCCAGCUCGAGCACGAUCACGUCAAGCAGCAGCACUGCCACGUUAAGCACCAGCAUGACCACAUCAAGCUCCAGCACUUCCACAUCAGGAUCCAGUACGUCCACAGCAAGCUCCACUGCGACUACCUCCAGCUCCAGCUCCACAACUAGAAGUUUGAGCACCACCCCGUCAAGCAGCAGCACUGCCACGUUGAGCACCAGCAUGACCACAUCAAGCUCCAGCACUUCCACAUCAGGAUGCAGUACGUCCACAGCAAGCUCCACUGCGACUAGCUCCUCCAGCUCCAGCUCCACAACUAGAAGUUUGAGCACCACCGCGUCAAGCAGCAGCACCACCUCAAGCUCCGCGGUAACCAGCUCAACAACAAGCUCGAGCGCGACCAGCUCCAGUUCUAUUUUGUCCAGUUCCAUCACAACCUCGUCCAGCUUCAGCACUACUACGGCAAGCUCCCGUGUUUCCAGCUCAAGCUCCUCCAGAAUUACCAGUUCAAGCUCUGAUGUAACUAGUUCGCGCACUUCCACUUUCAGCUCUAGCACUACUUCGCGCUCCAGCACCAUGGCCGUCACCACCGCAGAAUCUUGGGACGCGUUUGUUGCUGAGGUCCUCGACAUUAAUGCCAGGUCCUUGGUCACACAGCUCAGCUCUGACAAUGUCUCAACAGCCUGGACUCCACUUGGCAGAAUGACAGCAGUAAAAUUGACGGAUCAAUCACAAGAAAAUGGCUUUGCGAUGGUUAGGCACACUAUUGACAGCAGCGUAUCGACUGCAUACAUUCCCACAGAGACCCUGCAGAAUGGUAGCUAUAGCGCUGUAGUGAUCACAACCUUCAACGGAGAGACAGGCAAGGAUCUCAUGGGGAAAGGAGCUUCGGCGACGUCAAGUACUGGCAAUCCUUUAAUUUUUUCAACAGACGCCAUGGACGUUUCAUUGUUUGGCUCCGACCUGUCUGUAGUCCACGUGACGUCCGCCGAGCCGAUCUUCAUAAAGUUGUCGAUAACAAAUCCCGAGCCAUCAUUGUUUUGCGCCUAUCAGCUUCCAGAUGGAACUUGGUCAAGGGAGGGCGUACGCUUGGCAACGGAAAAGGAGCUUGAUCAAUUCAGAGGUGUUGACACUUCAGGUGCUUGGUGUGCUACAUCUCACCUCUCCAUUUUUGCAAUUUUUGUGGAUGUGCUCCUGGAUUGCACGAACAUCAAUGUGUUGUCGACAGAAAACUUGCGAGAGAUCAUACAGCGGCCUGACUGGUGGACGCGUCUUCCUUCCUUGUUCUUGUGGUGUCUGAUUGCAGCCUUUUUGCUCUUGCUGGCUGCUGGCGUUCUGCGGGACGUUUCCAGAUCAGACCUGUGGCAGGCCAAGUUUUUUCUCAUUGAGACGCCGGCUUCUCCUCAGAGCAAUUGUUGCCGCAGAGGUCGCACGAUGAGAUGCAUAAGGAGCAAGAGUCAGCGCCCAUCUCCUGACCUGCUCGCAGCAAUGCGAGAAUUGAAGAACGCCCUGCCUUACAGCAAGCUGCAGGAAAGCAUUCUUUGUCAAAACACAUUGCGAGAAGCGUCCUUGCAACACGGACUGCACACAAAUUUGAUUGAGGAGCACAUAUGGGGUGCCGAAGGCUGGGUCCAAGGUAGCCUCGCUUUGCAGAAGUCGGCUGGCCUGAAAGCAGCGGCGCUGCGUGUGAAGGACAACUUGCCCUUUGCAUACGUGAAGGUUCACGCAUCGCGUUUCCGCUGCUGGUUUGCAACAUUUGUCACUACACAUCCCCUUUUUGAGAUGCACCAAUUUGACAUGCACAUCACUGCAGCCAAACGUGCCAAGAUUUUCAUGGACUGCAUCCUUGGAUCGCUUGCUUUUGUGGCCUUGUUCUUCUCUGUGGAUGGUAGCGCUGUUGCUGCCAGAAGCCCCGAAGACUGCCCCAUUGAGCAGACCUCUUUCCUUUGGCUUACCUUCGUAGCUUCCUUCAGCAUCUUGUUGAACUUCAUCCCACGCAGCCUGUUUCAAUGCCUUGCUUUUCGUCGCUUUGUGCAUGUGGAUGGUCCUGCUGAUCGGUAUUGGAAACUGCGGAUUCACCAGUUCAAAGAUCUCAGAUUCUGGACUAUAGGUGCUUGCCUCACUGCCCUACACAUGCUCAUCAUUAUUGCCUUCCUUGCAAAUCUCGACCCAGCAGACGAGUGGAAAUGGCUGUUUUCCCUGACGCUUGUGGUGGUCCGAAAGGUGCUUCUGGUGCCAUUAUUGGCAUGUACCAUCUCUGGCAUUGUCUCGGAGAUUGGCGUGUCGAAGCACCCACACAUAAUUACCUCACCCCCAAAGAAGUUUGGCCUGAUUUUUGAUGAUCUUGAUCAGUUUCGCGGAUUUCAAGCUGAGAUGCAAGAUGACGCAGACAAGUCAUCGGUGUGGAAGGAGAAAGUUCAGGAACUCGCAGGGCGGGGUCUUACACUCAGACAGCUGCUUGAUUUCUAUUCAGAUUUGGUGUUUCGACCUCAGAUGAUGCCACACUUCGAUCCGAACUUGUCAACAACGCACGACGUUGUGCGCCACGCCAUCAUUCCAAGUUCCAGGGAGAUGCGUGAAGCUCGUACUUUUGUGGUCCAGGUGCAUCGAGCUCUUGGCCUGGAAGGCGGCUCUGAUUUUCGUUGCGCGCUUUGUAUUUGCGGGCAGCGGGAUUCAGAGCCACUUCUCAAGCCUUGGAAAGGGGGCUCCGUCUGCUCACCUGUCGCAUGGGGGGAGACCGUCCUUCUGCAAGAUGUCUUGCUGGAGGAAGGCAUCUACUUUGCAGCGCGGGGACUUGCACGGAACAAGGCAGGAGGAGAAGAAGAAGAACUUUGCUCCAUCUUGCCCAGCUCUUCAUUCUGGAACGGCUCGGCGGAAGUAGACAUCCGUCUGGGUGCAGGUGCUCUGGUGGCCUCGAUCGUUCCACGUGACUCACUUGAAGAAGUGUGCACCAUUUUGAAAUCAAACGACGCCAAGCCUUUGAAAGGAGACCCAGAUAGUAUGGAGGAGAAUGCCAAGCCUAACCCUGUGCCACUUGCAAUUUCAGUUGACCACGCCUUGACUGAAAAGGACGCUCAAGACGAAAGCAAAUCCAUGGGAUUUGCGUACGCAACAAGCAUCAAUGGUGGAAGGCCGCGUUUGGCGCAGAAGAUGGUCACUCACAGCUGGGGCAACAAGUUCUGCCAUUUGAUCAGCGCGAUUUUCUCGGAUGCUCUCGAAGAGGAGACCUACGACAUGGUUGCGCAGUUGUUGAUGUCCAAGGACUUUGAAGGAGUGUCCGCCAGGUUGCAGCAAAACAAGAAGCUGGAUGUUCCGUACUGGGUGUGCGCCUUUUCAGUCAAUCAACACGCGGGAAUUUGCGCCAGAGUGCCGCCCCGUGACUCUACGGGCCGUGAAAUCACUGCUUGCAGUUGCUCAACAGCCAAGCAUUUUGAGGGAGAUUUAAGUGAGAUGAACAAGUUUGACGACAUGAUGGCAUUCUUGAAGCAGCACCACCGUCAGAAAUCGCAGGUACACCUGGAGCAGGUGGUGGCGAUGGAAAUCGACUUUGGCUUGCUCACCAGAGUGUGGUGUGUUGCCGAGUUGGUAGAAGCUGACAAGCUGCAUUUGCACCAGGCUGUGAAGGUGCAUUCCGCAUCGUCGAGGGAAAAUUGUGUGGACCAUCUGCUUCACUUGGACGUAAGGGAAGCUCAGGCUUCUUUCCCGGCUGACAAGGAUUUAGUGCUGAGCAAGAUUGAAGACGUACAUGCUUUCAAUCAUAAUCUUCGGGGAUUGAUGUUGCAGCGCUUGGGCACAUUCCUAGCGAUGAACCAGGUCACCGUCACUGCGGCCACCGUGUUAGACGACGUUCUCGGGGCGGUGUUGAGCAUGCUGAUGGGCUGAUUGGCGAAAGGUGCAUGACGCGAGCUGCGCAUUGACUUGCGCAUGUUUGAGACGCGAGCUGCACAUGUGUGUAGGGGCAAGGGUAUAACCUGCAUAUAAUAUAGCCUGCAAUUGCAUAGUUUGGGUGCCCGUGAAAUCAGCGGGCGCCUUGUCGUUGCCUUGCUAGUCAAGACGAGCGAGAGAGAGGUAAUUUUCACACACAUAGAUGUCAGGUGCCAGUCGCAAGAAGUUAUCACUUCGCUUGCGCCUAUGCGAAUUGCAUAGAUUUUCAAGCAGCCAUUGAAUUAGACUAUCUUUGGGCAGCCGUGUUGCAUCCACGUGCUUCCGGCAAAGCCG